GUUACUGUGAAGUUCUUCAAAGUUGUGCCAACGAUCUAUCUGAUGUUGCAGGAACAUAAAUGUGUGCAGUUGUAGAUAGGUUGCCAGAACUUUCUAAACCAAUAUUGUCCAUACAAAAUUAGACAACAACUAUGGCAACUUUUAAGUUUGCCUCAAAGUUAUACAAGUCAUUGCCUCAAAGCAUGCAAAUAAAGAGCUAUAUAUAAAUGUUUAACAAAAAUCAAGCAAUAAUUGUUGCAUAAUAAAGUAUUACUCAAGUUACAUUUGUAUUUUAAUUGUUGAAAUAAUACAGAAAUAGCAUUAUGACCAUUACAUAUCAAGUGCAAUGAGGGCAUGCAUAGAGGCACCCUGGAAGAUGGCAGUCAGGCAGGCUGUUAGCCAGGUAGGCAGAAUAGGUGAUGAGCAGGCAUAUGAGCAUGCAGGCAAGACGACAGGAAAGCAGGCAUUAAGGCAAGCACACAUAAAGGCAGAUAGGAUGGUAGGAAUGCAGGCAGGCAGUUUUGACAGAAAGGUAGAUAAAGAGGCAAGCAGGCAGGAAGGUAGUGAGGCAGGGAUACAUACAGGAAGAUAGGCAGGAAAGCGGACAAGAAGGUAGGAAUAAAAGUAGGCAGGAAAUCAAAGAACAGACGAAAACAGGAAUAGAUCCAACAAAGCUGGGAACGAAUACAUAAAUAUAAGAAGAGUAUCGGAAAUAAAUUGAGAGAACGAUAUUGAUAUCAAAGCAAAGAAAUCACCAAAACAACUACAUAGUCAUGUAAGAAGGAAAAUGACAGUGGAUGACUAAGUGACACAACUACGGAUAACGGGAGGAAUACAUGCAGAAAGUGAUAAGGAGAUCUGCGAGGUACUGAACACUGGUUUCCAUGGAGUGUUCACAACCCAGUCUGAGCAGCUCCCAUUGUUAGAAGAGGAGAUGACCCUUAAUGAGAGACUGCUGUGUGUGAGGAUGUAAUAUUUACUGUUGUGAGUGAGGGUGUAAUGUUUACUGUUAUGAGUGAGGGUGAAAUACUUACUGUUGUGAGUGAGAGCGUAAUGAUUACUGUUGUGAGUGAGGGUGAAAUAUUUACUGUUGUGAGUGAGAGUCUAAUGAUUACUGAUGUGAGUGAGGGUGUAAUGUUUACUGUUGUGAGGGUGAAAUAUUUACUGUUGCGAGUGAGGGUGAAAUAUUUACUGCUGUGAGUGAGGGUGUAACAUUUACUGUUGUGAGUGAGGGUGUAAUGUUUACUGUUGUGAGUGAAGGUGUAAAACAUGUGUGUGUUUAGGCACCACAUUCCAGUUUAUAGCUGACAUGUCGAAAAAAGAGCAUUAUAAACAUAAGGAAAACCUAACAAGUGAACAGUUGCCAGAUAUCAGCUACAGGAUGAGACGUCCUGUGGUUAUCAAGCAAUACAGAGCAACAACAACGCAGAUCUGGACCUGGCUUAGUGUAUAUCGUUUCUCUCGGGUGACUAGUUAUAUACCAAAGAGAUAUUACAGACACGCUGAUGGAGGGUAAACUCCUGAAUGUGUGUGUAAUCCUAUGUGGCUGCUGGGAUUGGCCAUCCUCCGUGUCUCUGCCACAGCUCGCAUCACCCAUCAACCCCGCAACACCUCUGUACUCCUCUUGGCUGCAACAGUAUUCGCUAAGGACCAGUCCACGACUACAGCACUCCUCGCUAACUACCAGCCCAGGACUACAUCAGUCUCCGCUAACUACCAGCCCAGGACUACAGCAGUCCCCACUAACUACCAGGCCAGGACCAGCCCGCUCCCCCAAGCAACACCCACCACUGGUCUCCACCAGAGAUGUGCCACUAACAGGAAACACACCGAUGGGUGAGACACAGUCAUCGGGGCAGAAUCCUUUACAACCAAUUGUGUCACAUUUAUAUCCCGACACGACCCUUCUGCGGAGGAAAAAGAGGAUGGACUGUUUUAGUGAAGGUGUUCAUGUCAGUAAUAAUUUAAAGGAAGUUAUGAAGACCGACCAACAAAGUGGUACUCUUUACUUUUAUCCCGAGGAUGACUUUGAGUUUGUACGUAUUAUACUGACAGUAACUCAUGGUGAACAAGACAAAGUGUUCAACAAAGAACACCUUUGUGUCAAGGAAACACGACGCUGGUAUACUCUUGCGUUUAGUACUUAUGAGGCUCUUCCUGGGACUAAUAAAUGGGGAAUUAUGGUCAAAGUAGAUAAUUGUAUUAAUCAUUCGCCAACAUCUUACUUGUAUUAUCUAAAUUGGUUUCAUCACAUGAGGGUAGAGGCUAAGGGGUCGUCUUACUGGAGCACCAGAGACCCAGGUCCAGACUGCCUCAACCCGCUCCCCGACCACACCACCGCUGGGGGACAGCCUGGAGCGCCUGUGGCAACACUCCCCUCAGCUGCUGACGACACCACCGCUGGGGGAGAGUCUGGGGCGCCUGUGGCAACACUCCCUUCAGCUGCUGACGACACCACCGCUGGGGGAGAGUCUGGGGCGCCUGUGUCAACACUCCCCUCAGCUGCUGACGACACCACCGCUGGGGGAGAGUCUGGGGCGCCUGUGGCAACACUCCCCUCAGCUGCUGACGACACCCAGGCGCUCGUUGACCAUACAAUACUUCCUGUUGUCGUACUGACCAUUGUCUUCACUGUGGGUCUCGUUAUUGUCGUCAUUUGGUGUCGCAGCCGAAAAGGCCGCACCAGCAAGCUUGGCAUUCCUCCAGCGUCACGGACUCAUCCUCCAGAAGCCUCAGACAACCCAAUGUAUGACGAGGUCAGGAUCUAGGCGGAGCUACGAUCCUCCAGGAUUUCCACCAGAUCCAGUAUGAGGUCAGGAUCUGGGCGAAGCAGCCGGACAUUUGAGGGUCGCCCCACACCGGGGACAACACCGUCAGCGGCGCCGCCCCCCGCGACCCCUGGCGGGAGGCCCGGCUCCUCAUUGCUAUACAAUGGUAACACUGUAUUAAUGAGUCCCGGAUAUAUGGAUAACACUAUCGCUGUAUAGUGUUAGUCCAGAAUUUCCCCACAGAAUUGUCCCCAUUCUUGUCCAGAAUUUCAAAUUCUCUCCCGCCUUCCUUCCCCAACCUUCUCCAAGGCCUUUGGACAUCGAAGUUAAGCAUCGCAGGAACUAAGGAACUAAGGUUUUCUGCAGCUGCUUGAUUCAAUAUUGAUAUCUCAACACCUCCAACAACUGACAGUUAUUAAUCGUCGUCAGAUGUUUAUCUUCAUAAUUUAAAUUAUGAUCGUUAUCAUAAAUUUAAAAAUUGUGUUUAAUGAUGUUGCUGAUAUUGUUAUGAUGAUAAUUAUCAUUAUUGUUUGUUUUAAAGUGACAGCAAUUGUCUGAAGUCAGUACAGAGACUUCCGCCAGUUGAAAAUGUUAUGUAUUAGUGAUCCUUGUUUAGGAACAAUGCUUGUUAUCAAGUACAGUAUCAUAUUCUUACCUUUCGGUGACUACGGGGAAGUGAGGUCUUUCUUUUCAUGCCCCGAGAACCAGCCUUGUUGUACCAGUUGCGUUAAAGCUUCGCUAUUCUAUCUUUGUCGAACCUUUCCUUAAAGUUAUGAAUGGAGGCGGUUUCCACAACUCUUGGUACAUUCCGCUUGUUGACCUCCCGUACAGGGUCGAGUACUUCCUUAUAUUUCUUCGACUCAUUUGUGACUCCAGCUUCCACUUGUGUUCUCUUGUCCCACUUUCUUUAAACUUAGAGGCUGUCCUUGUCCACCUUGUCUAUUCCCCUCAGUAUCUUGUACGUUGUUACCAUAUUUGCUCUAUUCCUUCUGUCUUCCAAGGUUGUGAGAUCCAGUUCCUUCAGCCUAUCAUCAUAACUUAACCCUCUAAGCUCUGGCAAUAAUCUAGUAGCAAACCUCUGCACUUUUUCGAUUAUAGUUGUAUGUUUCACAAGGUAUGGAUGCCAAGCAGGUGCUGCAUAUUCCAGUAUUGAGCUAACAAAAGCUGUGUAGAUUGCUUUGAACGCGCCCUGACUUAAGUUACUAAACGACGUUCUAAUGUUUGCCAGCGUCUCAUAUGCUGCUGAUGUCACCCUGCCUGUGUGUGCCUCUGGUGUUAGUGAUGGAAUUAUAUCCACUCCCAAAUUUCUUUCUCUCACAUUCCUGCAAUUGCCUUCCAUUAAUGGUGUAGACACCUUCUGGUCUUCUUUCUUUCUUUCUUCCUUCCCCAUCUUCAUUGCCUUAUACUUAUUGGGACUGAACUCCAUCAACCACUUGCUUGUCAAUUUAUGGAUUUUGUUAUACUGCAAUCCUCCUCUAUUUUCACAUUCCUCAUUAUUUUGGCAUCGUCUGCAAAUAUUGACAUGUACGAGGUCACUCCCUCAGGUAGAUCAUUAGCAUAAAUUAGCAACAGUAGUUGUCCCAGGACCGAUCCUCUGGGGAUCCCACCUGUUACAUUCCUCCAGCUGGAGACCUCGCCUCUCACUGUGACUCGUUAUCUUCUGUCCUUCAGGUAUUCCCUUAUCCAGAUUAAUGUUUUCCCAAUUAUCCCAGCUUUCUUCUAAAUCUUGUACACGAGCCUUUCACGAGGAACAGUAUCAAAUGUCUUUUGACAGUCUAGGAAAAUGCAAUCUACCCAGCCUACUUUUUCUUGUCGUAUUCUAGUAACCUUGUCGUAGAACUCGUUCAAGUUUGUCAGGCAUGACUUUCCCCUUUUAAAUCCAUGCUGCCAUUCUAUUACAAAUUUCAUCAUCUCUCGAUGCUCCACUAUUCUUGACCUGAUUACUCUCUCAGCACUUCGCAAGGAAUACUUGUCAGUGACACUGGUCUGUAAUUUAGUGCCUCCUCUCUGUCCGCCUUUCUUGAAUAUUGGAACUACGUGUGUCUUAUUCCAUAACUCUAUAAGAAUUUUAGAAUUAUGGGAAUAUCAAUGGUGUUACAGUGUAUGUGUCUUAUUUAAUUACUCAUUAAUCAUAUACCUAACAUCUUGAGGUGUUAUUUGUAUUUUACAGUUAAUCAUUGAUCACCUAACUGCCAUCUUGUAGAGUUAUAUAUAGUUUCCUAAUUACUCGCUGAUUACUGAGGCAGUACCAUGUGUUAUAUAAUUACUCACUAGUCAUUGAACUACAUCAUGAAGUGUUUUAUAUUUUUUUUAAUUACUCAUUGAUUAACAUAGAGAAGCAGCAGUUGAACCAAUUUGUAGAACAAAUUAAUGUACAAAUUAUGUUAUUCAAAUUUAUUGUACAUAAAGUAUUGUUAAUAUUUUGCACAAAUUCAACUGCUCAUUAACGUUGUUGUUGUUUAGAUUCAGCUACUCGGAACUAAAGUUGCAAGUAGCACGGGCUAUAGCGAGCCCGAAGUGGGCUUAUAACUCGAUCGUUAGGUAUCACAUUUCUUGCUGAAGACUGCUGACAUUAUUAAUAAUUUCUGUCUUUUAUAAUACUGUAUAAAAUAUACAAAUGUAUAUUGUAUAAAAAAAAUUUAACAAUAAAGGUCUGAAUUCUCAAGAUAUCAUUAUGCAAUAAAAUAUUAAGAUUUAA